AUGCAGAUGCAGAUGCAGAUGCAGCAGCAGCGGCGGAGGAGUAGGUUGGGACAGGCCAUGAUUGACAUUGCGAGCAUACUUGCUAGCUGGUACGGGCCAGGCGUUCCUGCGCCGACCCUACCGGCCAAAUCUCCAGGUGAGACGCUUACACGUGAUGGAGGCCGACAGUCUCUCCAGUAUCCCUGUGAGGAGAGAGGGAGAGCGAGCUUCACGGCCAUGUCGCACAAAGCGGGAGAUCUGUGGAUGACGCGAGCGCGCCAGCACGGCCACCCGCGACAAUCUGCAAAACAGGCGGUGAAGGUGGCCAGCGUUGUCAACCACGCGCCCCUCUUUCUGCGCUGCAAACUCUACCGUAAGCCGGAUGCAUUAGCAGAAGACGACGAGGAUGACUAUGGGCUUUCUGGCCUCGCAGCUCUCCAACCAAGCGCUGCGUCGCCCUCCUGUUCAGCCUCGCGUCGCGGUAACGGUAAGAGGUGGUGCAGCAGACCGGGUGUGGUGCAGGGUAAAGUCCAACCCUGGGUUCCAACAUCGUUAGCGAAGGACACAGCGCACCGUCCCGAAACCUCCGAAUCUCAAGCACGACAGCCUUCAGGGUCCAUGAGAACAAUCCGACGCUUGUCCAGCUUGUUCCACCCUAAAGUGUGUGCGACGUCCGACAGCAGCAUGUCUGCAGUCUGCCAGCUGGUGCCGGCAUCGGGUAGCGGUGUCGUUCUCUCAUCACGUGCCAGAACACCAUCUAUCCGACUACUUGAACCUUCACAAUUGCACAUCUUUUACACAUCUGCCCGCUCAGUCAUCAUCCCCACCUCUCCACAAAGCUACAUAAACCAAACCGCCAAGAUGCCUAAAAUCAUGCGCCUCACUCUCUUCAAGCUUCCCGAUCAGGAACUGGUCAAAUCGGCUAUCGAAAUGUACAACUCGCUCGCCCAAGACGCGAAGAAGGACGGAAAGCAGUACAUCAAGCUCUCCCAGGCUAACGCCGCCCACGAAGACGAACGCAGCCAGGGCUACACCCUCAUGGCCCGUUGCAUUUUUGAGUCUCUUGACGACAUGAACUACUACGACAAGGAGGACGAGGCUCAUCUCAAGAUCAAGUCACAAUUCAAGGAGAAGGUCAGCGCGCCGCCCCUUGUUCUCUACACGGACUACCACGGCCCGUAGAAAGAUUGCAACAUGAGAAGACCACACGGUCCUUCUAUGAUCCAAUAGGGAAUGGGAAUAAUUACCUGAGUACUGCAUAUUGGGUCACGAAAUGAACAACAUGAAAGCUA